AUGACACUCACCCCACUCCGCCCCGGCGUCUAUGCGCCAACAAUGACCUUCUUUGAUACCCAGACUGAAGACCUCGAUAUUGCCGCUAUCCGUCGUCACGCCGUGCGCCUGGCCAAGGCCGGCCUCGUCGGUCUGGUGACAAUGGGCUCAAAUGGUGAGGCAGUGCACCUCACCCGUGAGGAGCGCGCGACCGUCACUCGCGAGACUCGCUCCGCGCUCGACGAAGCUGGCUUCAAGAACGUGCCCGUCAUCGCCGGUGCCAGCGAGAACAGCAUCCGCGGCACCAUCGAUCUGUGCAAGGAGGUUUCUGCCGCUGGCGGCGAGUACGUCCUGAUCGUGCCUCCCAGUUACUACCGCUACGCUGUCGGCAACGACGAGACACUCUACGAAUAUUUCACAGCCGUCGCCAAUGGCUCGCCCAUUCCUCUUAUCCUGUACAACUAUCCUGGUGCCGUUGCAGGUAUCGACAUGGACUCCGAUCUCAUCAUUCGCAUCUCCCAACACCCCAACAUCGUCGGCACUAAGUUCACCUGCGCCAAUACUGGCAAGCUGACUCGUGUCGCAAGUGCCCUCGGCGCUAUCACCCCCUCUUCCCCUCUGGCCCCGGCUCAACGCACUGCUACCGUCUCCAAGCCCGACGCCAAGCACCCAUAUGUUGCCUUCGGUGGUAUUGCCGACUUCAGUCUCCAGACCCUUGUCUCUGGUGGAUCUGCCAUUCUUGCCGGUGGCGCUAAUGUCCUUCCUCGUCUCUGCGUGCGCAUCUUCACUCUUUGGUCUGAGGGUCGUCUCACUGAGGCUAUUGAGGCUCAGGCACAGCUCAGUGCUGCUGAUUGGGUUCUUACCAAGGCUGCUAUCCCUGGUACCAAGGGUGCUAUUCAGUCUUACUAUGGAUACGGUGGCUUCCCACGCCGCCCUCUUGCUCGUCUUAGUGAAGAGCAGACUAAGGCUGUUGCUGAUAAGAUUAAGCCUGCUAUGGAUGUAGAGCUGUCUCUCCCUGAUGUCGCAUAA